GCGCGCACGGCGCUCCCCGCCGGGACCCGGGACGCGGCCGCCCCGCUGAGGGGCCCAGCGCCUCUUCCUCCUCCCCUCACCGCCUCCCUUCUCUUCCUCCUCCUCCUCCUCUCACCGCCGGCCGGGCGUGACUCGCUCUCGCCCGCCUUCCAGCUCUCGAGGGAGCCCCGCCGUACGGGAAAGGCGUCCCGGCUGCCGGAGCUCCCCCAACACCGUGCGGAGGGCACGCAGAGGCCCUCCUGAGGGGCUGAGGGACACCCGCCCCUCGGUCAGUCCCCUGAGUGAUAGUAGCGGGAGCUCUGAGAAACAGAGAAUUGGGCAAAGUUCCUGUCCUGUGGAGCUCAGAGCUGGAAAAAUCCUCUACUUGCAAAGAGAGUUGGCAGGAUGGCAGCUGAUCCUCAGUGGGAGCCCAAAGAUGAAGGUGCAGGAGCACUGCUCACAUACGUGCUGGAGGGAGUUCUGCAUGAGCAGCUGGCAGUGCAUUUGGCAGACGUGUUGGUCAGUUUGCACAGUCUGAGAACACAUGAACUAUAUGAAAAAACAUAACAUUUGAAUAUAUUAGAAACAAGUUCAUAAGAUCAAGGGAGUACAACUAGAAAGACAUUCCAAAAAUGGCUGUAUGGUAUUUAGAGAUCUGAGUACUGGCUGCAGUGUGCACAUAUUUGGAAAGGCUUCUGUUCAGCUAAGAAUGGGCUGUGGACUCAGGUCUCAACCAGAUGAACCAGGUACUCUUCGAUCUCUGAGUCCUCUGAUCAUCUUGCAAUGAUGCUGAAGGUUUCUGGCAGAGGAGUCCCUGGCCCAAGUCCCUCCAUAGAAGGCUCCAUAAUGGUAAUUUUCCCACAACAGGUAUUAUUAAAAAUGCACAGUAUGAAGCAGGACCCAAUAAAAUAUUACAUUGGAAUUGAUGUUGGGUCAGGAAGCGUUCGUGCGGCUUUGGUAGAUGAAUUUGGGACAGUAGUGGCACAUGCAGAGCAGCCAAUCCAAAUUUGGGAGCCCCAAACAGACCACUACGAGCAAUCCUCUGCUGACAUCUGGACUGCUUGUUGCUCAGUCACAAAGAAAGUUGUCUGUGGAGUAGAUUCCAGCCGGAUUCGAGGGAUUGGUUUUGAUGCUACAUGUUCUCUUGUUGUUGUGGAUAAACAAUUCCAACCUUUGGCUGUCAACUGUGAAGGAGUAAACUACAGGAAUGUUAUUAUGUGGAUGGACCAUCGUGCAGUCAGUCAAGUCGAGCGCAUCAAUGCAACACAGCACAGGGUUUUGAGUUAUGUGGGGGGAGUGAUGUCUGUGGAAAUGCAGCCACCUAAAUUGCUGUGGCUAAAGGAAAAUUUGCAAGAAUCAUGCUGGGAGAAGGCAGGCUACUUCUUUGAUCUUCCGGAUUUCUUAUCUUGGAAAGCCACAGGUGUCACUGCAAGGUCUCUUUGUACAGUAGUGUGCAAGUGGACAUACACUUCGGAUGGAGGCUGGGAUGACAGUUUCUGGAAAAUGAUUGGUUUGGAAGAUUUGGUGAAGGAUAAGUAUGAAAAAAUAGGAAACCACGUCUUGUGUCCCGGAGAGUCUGUUGGGAAAGGUCUCACUCCAGAAGCUGCAAAAGAUCUCGGUCUCCCUGAAGGCAUUGCAGUAGCAGCAUCCCUCAUUGAUGCACAUGCAGGAGGGCUAGGAGUAAUUGGAGCAGAUGUGAAAGGACAUAACCUCCCAUGUGAAAACCAGCCAAUUACAUCCCGACUUGCUAUGAUCUGUGGAACAUCUUCGUGCCACAUGGGGGUCAGUGAAACGCCCAUUUUUGUGCCUGGUGUUUGGGGACCUUAUUUCUCUGCAAUGAUUCCUGGAUUGUGGUUGAAUGAGGGAGGUCAAAGUGCUACAGGAAGACUGAUAGAUCACGUGGUCCGAGGCCAUGUUGCCUUCCCAGAAUUACAGUCAAAAGCUGCAGCCAGUGCUCACAGUAUAUAUACAUACUUGAACAGUCACCUGGAUCUGAUUAAGAAAUCUUUGCCUGUGGGUUUCCUCACUGUUGAUUUUCAUGUUUGGCCAGAUUUCCAUGGUAACAGAUCUCCCUUAACAGAUCUGACACUAAAGGGCAUGGUUGUUGGACUGACAUUAUCUCGGGGUCUGGAUGAACUUGCCCUUAUCUACUUGGCCACGAUUCAAGCCAUUGCUUUAGGAACAAGACAUAUUUUGGAAACUAUGCAGGCUGCAGGGCAUGAUAUCAAAACGCUGUUUCUGUGCGGUGGGCUGAGCAAAAACCCUCUCUUUGUGCAGAUGCAUGCUGACAUUACUGGCAAGCCUGUUGUCCUGUCCAAAGAAGUAGAGUCUGUCUUGGUGGGUGCUGCUAUUCUUGGAGCCUGUGCUUCUGGGGAUUUUGCAUCCAUACAGGAGGCCAUGGCGAAAAUGGGGAAAAUUGGGAGAGUGGUGCAGCCUAAUCAUGAGCAUAAAAGGUUUUAUGACAAGAAAUACGAAGUCUUUUUGAAACUUGUGGAACACCAGCGAGAGUAUCGCUCCAUCAUGAACAGCUGCUAAUCCAGAGUCACAUCAUCAUCAGGGAACAGAAGGGAAAACGAAUUUCCAGACAUUUGUGAUGCGGGUAAUUUCUUCUUACAGUGUCGUCCAUGUAAAAAAAAAAAAAAAUCUUUUAUCAUUUAAAGUGUAUGUUUUAAUUAUCAAUGAGAAAUAAAAUGCACUCACUUCACUGUGAA